GGUUAACCCCUGCGUGCCCGCACGGGCUGGAGCUCCGGGGCCGGAACCCGCGAGUCGGGGCUCCCCAGCCACACCCCUCGUAGGAUUUAAAGGGGAAGGUGGGGCUGGGCCGGCCGAAGCUUGAACCGAAGGAGCAGGCAUGAGGCGCUGCCCAUGCCGGGGGAGCUUGAGCGAGGCAGAGGCCGGGGCGCUGCCGGCUGCGGCCCGCAUGGGGCUGGAGGCGCCGCGAGGGGGGCGGAGGCGGCAGCCGGGACAGCAGCGACCCGGACCCGGCGCCGGGGGUCCGGCGGGACGGCCAGAGGGGGGCGGGCCCCAGGCCGGGACCGAGAGGUCCCGGCUCCACACGGAGCCCGAGAGGGCCGGCCUCGGGCCUGAACCCGGGACAGACAGCCCACGGACAGAAGCCCGGACAGAGGGACAGGCUGAACCCGAAGCAGCCGGCCUCGGAGCAGAGCCCGAGAGGCUCAGCCAGAAGACGGAGCCCGACAGGGCCAGCCUCUGGACGCAGCCGGAAAGGAGCAGCAGCUGCUCAGAGCCCUGGACAGAGACUGGGACAGAUGGCUUUUGGACUGAUCCACGCAGAUCCAACCUCCAGGCACAGCCAGAGAGGGUCAAGCCCCGGACUGAUAACCUGUGGACUCACCAGAGCAGUUCCAACCGCCCGACUCACCUAGAGAGCGCCUGUCUCUCGACAGAGCCAGGUGCUAAUGGCUCCUGGAAAGAACUGUACACUGGUGGCCCCAGGACGCCACAGGAUACUGAAGGCUCCCAGACGGAGCCACGCACUGAUGGCCCCCAGAUACAGCGGGAUACUGAAACAGCUGGGAAACAGCAUGGCACGGCUGGUCCCCAGACAGCACCUGGGGCAGACUGCUUUUUGGGGGAGCCUCAUGGACAAGGCCCAGAACAGGAACCAGAACCUGGAGAGUUGCUGACUGCCCUGUACUCACACCUGGACUGUAGCCCCCUGUGUCCUGUCCCCCGCCUCAUCAUCACCCCUGAGACCCCUGGGCCCGAGGCCCAGCCAGUGGGAGCCCCCUCCCGGGUGGACGUGGGCAGUGGCGGCUUCUCCUCUGCCUCCUCUUUCGACGAGUCUGAGGAUGACGUGGUGGCCGGGGGCGGAGGUGCCAGCGACCCUGAGGACAGGUCUGGGAACAAACCGUGGGAGAAGCUGAAGACGGUUCUGAAGUACUCGCCCUUCGUGGUCUCCUUCCGGAAACACUACCCCUGGGUCCAGCUCUCCGGACAUGCAGGGAACUUCCAGGCGGGAGAGGACGGCCGGAUUCUGAAACGCUUCUGUCAGUGUGAGCAGCGCAGCCUGGAGCAGCUGAUGGGAGACCCGCUGCGGCCAUUUGUGCCGGCCUACUACGGCGUGGUGCAGCGGGACGGCCAAGCCUUCAACCAGAUGGAGGAUCUCCUGGCAGAUUUCGAAGGCCCCUCCAUCAUGGACUGCAAAAUGGGCAGCAGGACCUACCUGGAGGAGGAGCUGGUCAAGGCACGAGAGCGGCCCCGGCCCCGGAAGGACAUGUACGAGAAGAUGGUGGCUGUGGACCCUGGGGCCCCCACGCCCGAGGAGCACGCGCAGGGGGCUGUGACCAAGCCCCGCUACAUGCAAUGGCGGGAGGCCUCGAGCUCCACCUCCACCCUGGGCUUCCGCAUUGAGGGCGUCAAGAAAGCCAACGGGACCUGCAGCACCAACUUCAAGAAGACGCAGGCGCUGGAGCAGGUGACGAAGGUGCUGGAGGACUUUGUGGACCGAGACCGUGGAAUCCUGAGAAAGUACGUGGCCCACCUGGAGGAACUCCGCGACACCCUGGAGCAGUCCCCCUUCUUCAGGACCCAUGAGGUGGUGGGCAGCUCUCUCCUCUUUGUGCACGACCACACUGGCCUGGCCAAGGUCUGGAUGAUCGACUUCGGCAAGACGGCGGCCCUGCCGGACCACCAGACGCUGAGCCACCGGCUGCCCUGGGCCGAGGGCAAUCGUGAGGACGGCUACCUGUGGGGCCUGGACAAUAUGAUCCGCCUCCUGCAGGGGCUGGCCCGGAGCUGACCUGCCAGGCUCUGCCAGGUUGACUUACUGGAUGGUUCCAUUCUGGCCAGAGGGGCCCGAGAUGCCGUGGGGGCCUGUGGGUGGUGGCGGGUGGGCUGACCUCUGGGGCUGAAGGCCUCUGUGACACUGGGGCUGACAGGACCUGAGAGGGAGCAUGAGCGGGCGGGGUCGUGCCAGGCAGCAGAACCCAGACCAGUGCCCUGAUGGGCAGAGGUUACGGAGGGGCUGUCGGCGGCCGGGAAUGUCACUCAGCUGUUGCAGGGCACAGGUGUGACUGGUGCCUGUGGCUGACUGGGAACUCCCAGGCUGCCUCCUCAUCAGCCCUCGCUGGCUGUGGAGCCGGGGGCAGUGCCAAGUUCGUCUCUGGGCCUCAGAGGACCUGGCAUCACUCGGGAACUGUCUAGAGGGAGAGGCCCUUGCUUCGGGAGCCCAGUCAGGUGCUGAGCGACUCCAGCCCCAGAGAGGGUGCGGCCACUGCCCACACUGCUGACGCUCACCACCGAGCCACCCUGCCAGGGUCUGUGCGCCUCCCUGUGCCUCCUGCGGACCCCGCCCGCAUCCCCGGCCGCACCUGCACCCUGCCCUCUGCGGCCUCCUUGCUUGCGGCACCAGACCCAGCCUCAGGACUUUGUCCUCUGUGCCGGGUUGCAGGGCCCUCCGUGAAGACUGCAGCGCCAGGACAGAGUCCAGGGGCGGGGGCAGCAGCCUCCUCCUGGGCUCCGCGCCCCACCAGACCCGGGGCCCCUGUGGGGCAAAGUGCAGGUCGGCCCAGGGGCAUAGGCGGGUGCGGUGAAGACUCCAGGACCCUGUUGUGCGGCCUUCGGCCCCUCCAGCGCUGGGCCCUUGGGCUAGGGGCCCUCGAGGGCAGGCUGGGGAGCUCCUCCCACUGGCACUGAGGCGGUGGUCUUUCCCCUGGCCACCUGUACACUUCUUUAUCCCAGGGAGCUGUCAGCUGGGGGCAGGUAGGUCAGGGAAGCAGCCGAGGCACCCAGUAGAGAGGACGGAGUCUGUGCUGAGGUUUCUGUCUUGUCCCUGGGGUGUGUGCGCUCAAACUUUCAACUGCAGCUGCAACGCGGGGUGGGGUAACAGGAUGACGGCCACUCUUGAGAGAACUGAGCUGACCUGCUGCCUCCUUCGCCCAGCACCAGCGAGCUGUUCUCAGGCCUGGCUCUGUGCCAUACGAUGCAGGGGACAAUGGUGGCCGAGGCAGUGCACCCAGGACCACGCACCUGACCAUGCCAAGCACGGUGUCCCUGGGCAGGGACCCUCUUCCUCAUGUCACUGCACCAUACAGUUUCCCUGAUGAGACCCUUUGCUGGGCACUGGGGACACGGUGGUGACCAGGACAGCCAUGGUACCCCUUUCAGGGUGGAGGUGAUAGGUACUCAUUAAACAGAUUCUCUAAACUA